AUGUCGUCGUUAGGCGGUCAGUGGCGUGUUAUUCGACACUAUCUGUCUAUGAGUAAUUUGAAUGCUGAAGUAGAAAAACUUGUACAAAGAAUAAAGCCAGCAACACCCGAACAAUGGGAAAAUUUAAUAAAGAAAUUUGAACGGGCGGUUACAUCGAAGUUGAGCUACGACGUAAAAAACGAGCCUAAGUUUUUGGAAAACAAAGUUUAUACAACAACUGUACAAGAAGCAGACACUAAGGUAGCCGUCAAGGAAAAGGUUGUAAAAGAUGAAAAGACUAAUCAGGACGGCUUAACGAUAGGUUCGGAUGCAAAGGAAAUCACCUUCAAAGGUUUCUGGGAAGGUUUGAAGUUGAAAAAGGAUUUGCACUUCGGCAACAUAUCGGAAUCUAACUGGAAAACUAACAAACCAAUUGUCUCCAAGACAUCAAUACAUUCCCGAACCGCUUAUGUUAUAUCGGCAAUAGUGAUGGCCGAGACUCCGGAAUGUUUGCUUAAAAGAAGCGAACACUUCAUAGAACACCUACAACAGUAUCCCGAAGCUAGAGAUUAUGCUAUAAAGGAAGGUGCCGUCAGAGCAUUUCUUAGAGUACAGCAUAAAUUAAAGAAAAAUAUUGAUGUUCCGAUAAACAAAGAAGUCAAUGGAAUUGUAAAUGAGGCCCUCGCCCUAUUAGGUCAUACGGGUCCUUUAAAGAGUCGCGGUCCCAAUAUUCUGUCAAUAGAUGGCGGUGGCAUCAGGGGAAUUAUCGCCAUAGAAAUAUUGAGACACCUAGAACGACUUACCGGCAAAAGAGUGCAAGAUUUAUUUGAUUACAUAAUAGGUGUUAGUACUGGUGCUAUAAUUGCUGCUGUAAUUGCGAGUGGUAUUGGCAACCUAGACACAGCUAAUCACAUGUACCAUACAUUAUCCAAACAAAUGUUUGGCAACACUUCACUCAUCGGAGGUACCUCAAGAUUAGUUUGGACCCAUUCAUAUUAUGAUACAGAUGCCUGGGAAAAGUUAUUACAAGACAAUCUAAGGGAUUGUACGCUGACUGAAUGUAAUAGACAUGAUACGCCGAAGAUGGCGUUAGUAUCGUGUGUAGUAAACUCCGGGUCCCGCCUAGCUCCGUACCUUUUCCGUACGUACGAAUGCGGUUUCCGUGUACGUUCCGUAUUCGCUGGUAGCUCGAAAGCUCAAUUAUGGCAUGCCGUAAGAGCAUCGGCGGCAGCGCCUACAUAUUUUACGGAAUUCAGACUACAAGGACUAUUGCAUCAGGAUGGUGGCAUUAUGGUGAAUAAUCCAACCGGCGUUGGUCUUCACGAAGCGAAACUAUUAUUCGGUGCGGACACCAUCAAAAACGGUACAGUCAUAUCUGUAGGCACCGGUCAAGCUCUGAACAAACACUUGGACUACCAACUGUUAAGUAAAGGACUUGGCAAAGAAACUUCUGGAACAAGUUGGAAGGAUAAAUUCAAUAAAAUAUUAGAUUCAGCUACGGACACAGAAGGAGUGCAUUUAGUAAUGAAUGAUUUAUUACCACCCGGUAAUUAUUAUCGUUUCAAUCCACCAUUAAUGGAAGAGUGCGCCAUGGAUGAAAUAAAUCCUGAGAAAUUACAAAACAUGAUAACAGAUACAAUGGCUUAUAUACGUCGGAAUCAACACAAGUUUGAGCAAGCAGCUGCCAUGUUGGUUAGAAAAAGGACAGCUACACAGAAAAUAAUGGAUUAUUUGACACAUAGAAGCCAAUUGAUGGGUAUAUCACAUGUCAAUUGA